ACUUCGGGGCGGAGAGGGGGAGCCGAGGCACUGCGCAUGCGGAGCUCCAAAUUCAAACAGCUGUUUGCAGAAGCUGGAGGGCGGCGGUUGUGGACUGCAAGCCGCCUGGGUUUAGGGGAGGCUUUGGGGAGCCAUGGUGGACCGGGGCCCUCUGCUCACCUCGGCGAUCAUCUUCUACCUGGCCAUCGGGGCAGCGAUCUUUGAGGUGCUGGAGGAGCCGCAUUGGAAGGAGGUCAAGGAAAAGUACUACACGCAGCGGCUGCAUCUGCUCAAAGAGUUCCCGUGCCUGGGCCAGGACGGCCUGAACAAGAUCUUGGAGAUAGUGUCUGAAGCUUCAGAUCAGGGUGUGGCCAUCACGGGAAACCAGACCUUCAACAACUGGAACUGGCCCAAUGCAAUGAUUUUCGCAGCCACAGUCAUUACCACCAUUGGUUAUGGCAACGUGGCCCCCAAGACCCCAGCUGGACGCCUCUUCUGCGUUUUCUAUGGUCUCUUUGGGGUACCUCUGUGUCUGACGUGGAUCAGUGCCCUGGGCAAAUUCUUUGGGGGACGAGCCAAGAGGCUGGGCCAGUUCCUCACCAGGAGAGGUGUCAGCCUGCGGAAGGCGCAGAUCACCUGCACAGCCAUCUUCAUCGUGUGGGGUGUGCUGGUUCACCUGGUGAUCCCACCCUUCGUGUUCAUGGUGACCGAGGAGUGGGACUACAUUGAGGGCCUCUACUACUCCUUCAUCACCAUCUCCACCAUUGGAUUCGGGGACUUUGUGGCUGGUGUGAAUCCCGAAUGCAAAUACCAUGCUCUGUACCGCUACUUUGUGGAACUCUGGAUCUACCUGGGCCUGGCCUGGCUGUCCCUCUUUGUCAACUGGAAGGUGAGCAUGUUUGUGGAAGUGCACAAGGCCAUUAAGAAGCGGCGUCGGCGGCGGAAGGAAUCCUUCGAGAGCUCCCCCCACUCCAAAAAGGCCCUGCAAAUGACGGGAGCCACAGCAGCCAAGGACAUCAAUAUUUUGAGCUUCCUCUCCAAGAAGGAAGAGACCUACAAUGACCUUAUCAAGCAGAUCGGGAAGAAGGCCAUGAAAACCAGUGGGGCUGGCGAGAGAGUCCUAGGGUCAUCACUGGGCGGCUCACCAGGGCCUGGGCUGCCUGGUGUCCCCGCCUCCCUGGCCCCCUUGGUGAUGUACUCCAAGAGCCGGACACCCAGCUUGGAGGAAGUGUCUCAGACUCUGAGGAGCAAAGGCCACGUGUCACGGCCUCCUAACGAGGAGGCUGGGGUGGGUCCCCCUGAAGAUGAGCCCCCAGCUGCUUCUGAGGGGCUCUCGAGCCAGCUGGACCGCAUCAGUGAGGAGGGUGAGCCAUGGGACGCUCAGGACUAUCAUCCCCUCAUCUCGCAGAGCGCUGUCAGCCUUGCACAAGACACUGGCCUCUCAGACGAGGACACCUCCAAGUCCUCCCUGGAGGACACCCUGGCCGGAGAGAAGAGGCCUCCCGAACGGCCAGAGACAGAGGUACCCCUAAAUGUGGGGGAGAUCCCCUCAUCGGACGAGUCCACCUUCACCAGCACUGAAUCAGAGUUCUCUGUGCCUUAUGAACAGUUGAUGAACGAGUAUAACAAAGCCAUCGGGCCUAAAGACACGUGAGGCAGGGCCGGCCCCCCACCCCACCUCCGAGGGCUUCGGUUCCCCCUAUCUUUCUGGAUUGCCCACCAUGGUCGGGCUCCUGGUUAUGUGACUGAAGUGGGAAGAGAGUAACCCUGGAUGGGGGGUGGGGGGCCGGGACCUCCCUCACUAUCCGCGCCCUCCAUGGCCGCCACCCCUUCAGACAGACUGAUUCUGUCCCAUGAUUUGGGGACAGCUGAAGGGGGGUCCCCCUGUCCGGAACAUGGCUGCCACAGACGGUUCAUAGACUCUCGUGGGCUGGCAGGAUGGAGGCCAUCACCCCCUCUGAAGUCGAGGCUUUGUCAAGAUUGUCUUGGCCCCUUGAGUUCAACAGUGUUAAUGAGCUGGAGCAACACAGCAGGAGGGCAGUGGGAGACCUGGGUCUGCCUUUAGUGGGGACAGCUGGCGCCACUCAGAAGUAGCAGGGCCCUUCUCUUAGGCCUUCUGUCCUCCUGUGAGAUCCAACAAACCUCAGGGAAGAGGCUGCCUAGGGGGUGUUGAGAAGACAGGGACUGAGACAAUCUUAAUGGAAGAGGUGACCGAGCAGGCAUAAUGCUUGUUUUUAGUGGGGCUCAUGGUUCCUCAGUCUGAGUCCAAUUUGAAGGACCAUGUGCCCCCAUCCCAGACAGACAUCCCUUGGCUGACUGAAGGGGUGAAUUCAGGAAGUGGUGGGAGUAAGGGGUGGUGGGCUGUGGCCAGGACCACCUCUGGGAA